AUGCCCUCGACCUCAGCCUACUCCCGUGACUACGGCAACUUCAAGCUCCUUCAGAGCCUCGACCUCAAGUAUGCGCCCGUCACAGUGUCCAAGUGGAGGAGUGAGAAGACUGGCUUGACAGUUACCCUCGGUAACCAUUCGUCACCGAUCACCAACGGAUACUUUGUCAUCGCCUCCGAGAUCUUUGACGACACUGGGCGGCCCCAUACCCUCGAACACCUCAUCUUCCUCGGAUCCCAGCGCUACCCCUACAAGGGUGUUCUGGACAACCUCGCCAACCGUGCCGGCUCCAACGGCACCAACGCGUGGACUGCGAAUGACCACACCGCGUACACAAUCAACACGGCUGGUUCGACUGGCUUCCUCAACGUCCUGCCCGUGUUCGUGGACCACAUCCUCCACGCCACGAUGACCGACGCUGGCUUCGUCACUGAGAUCCACCACAUCAACAGUGAGGGGGAGGACGCCGGUGUCGUGUACUCUGAGAUGCAGGGGCGCGAGAACACUUCUUACGACCGCAUGGCUCUCGAGCUGCAGCGCACUCUCUACCCCACCACCUCUGCAUACCGCAGCGAGACGGGUGGUCUGCUCAAGGCUCUCCGUGUUCUCACUGUCGAGCAGAUCCGCGAAUACCACGGCAAGUACUACGUGCCCUACAACCUCAACCUCCACAUUGACGGCGGCGUCGACGUGGAGGCCCUCUUCAAGGUUCUCAACGAGACUGUCGAACCCAUGAUCCUCGAGAACAAGGACGCCCAGGCGAAUGGCACCUUUGAGCCUCCUGCUGGCUGGAAGCGCCCCUUCAUGGAGACGACCACUGCCAAGCCUAACUCUAUCACUGAGUCGGUGGUCAAGACCGUCGAGUUCAUGGAGGAGGACGAGUCGGUUGGUGAGCUCUUCAUCACCUACCUCGGGCCGAAGCCCACCGACUUCCUCGAGGGCACUGCGCUUGACAUCCUUGGCAGUUACCUCACGUACUCUGCCACGUCGCCUCUGCAGAAGGAGUUCAUCGAGAUUGUCGAGCCAUACGCCACCAGCGUCUACCUAUACGGCGAGAGCCGCGUCAACGCUGGAGAGCACGUAGUCAUGUUCGGUGACGUGCCGACGAAGCACCUGAACGAGCUGCCCAAGCUCUUCUUCGACAAGCUCAAGCGCAUCGUCAAGGAGGAGGGCAUUGACAUGACCCGCAUGGCAUCGAUCCUGCGUCGCGAAAGGCGUGCGAUGCUCAACCGCAUGGAAACUUCGGUCUCGAGCGUCCUCGCGGACGUUGUCAUCCAAGACUUCCUGUACGGUAACGAAGACGGCAAGGACCUUCCCGAGGCUUUCGACGAGCUGAAGGACUUUACAAUCCUUGAGUCGUGGACGGCCGAACAGUGGGCUGCUCUCCUUGACAAGUGGUACGCCUCCGCACCGUCCAUUGGAAUGAUCGGCAAGCCGUCAGCGAAGCUCGCGCACGAGGUCGAGGCAUCGGACAAGAAGCGCAUCGCCGAGCAGAAGGAGAAGCUUGGCGAGGACGGACUGAAGAAGCUUAAGGAGAAGCUCGAGUGGGCGCAGAAGGAGAGCGACAAGCCCAUCCCGUCGGAGAUGCUUACGGUCUUCCCGACCGUCAAGCCCUCGGAGCUCUCCUGGAUCCCCGUUGAGACUGCGAUCAACAAUGCCAAGAACGGUAACGCCAAGUCCGACAGUGGUGACGUCCAGCGCUACAUUGACGCCGACGGCGUGACUCUCCCCUACGAGGCCCAUUUUGCAGACGUCAAAUCCAACUUCGUCAGCGUUGGCGUGCUCUUCGACACGGCCAAGUUGCCUCAGGAGCUCAUGCCGUACAUGGCGCUGCUCCAAGUCUGCCUGUUUAACCUUGGCAUCAAGCGCCCGGACGGAACUGAGCUCAACUACGAGGAGGUUAUCAACCAGCUCAACGACUUCACGGUCAGCUCUGGAUCCAAGUUCUCAGUCCGUUCGUGCUUCUCGGAGGCGUUCUCGGUCUUCAUCAAGGCUGAGAAGUCUCAGUACGCCGAGGCCAUCUCUUGGCUCCGCGAUGUUCUCCUUUACUCCGUGUUCACUAAGGAGCGUCUGGAGGUCCUCAUUGCGAAGGAGCUCCAGAACCUUCCCGCUCAGAAGCGUGACGGUGACCAGGUCGCGCGCGAGUGGUGCAACCGUCUCUGCUUCGACGUUGAGAAGUCGACAUCCGAGGCGGCGUCGCUUCUGAACCAGCUCGAGUUCAUUCCCCGUAUCUCAGAGGAGCUCAAGGAGUCGCCCGACAAGGUCAUUAAGGCAAUGGAGACUCUCAUCCAAAAGGUCGUGGACCCGAGCGUGAUGCGUGUCAACGUGCACGGUGAUAUUAAGGGUCUCUCGGAGCCGCGGUCUACCCUCGCCAAGGCCUUCCUCCCCGUGAAGGAGGCAGUCUCCCUUGACCCACUCUCCACCUCGGCGGCGACGCUCACUGAACUCGGCAAGGCGCCCUCAAAGAAACUCGUCGUUGUCCCUAUGGCGUCUAUCGAAGGCUCGUACUCGUCGCACGCGGCCAAGGGCCCGCGCGGGUGGGACCACCCGGAUGUUCCUGCCCUCAGUGUCGCCCAGUCGGUGCUUAACGCCAUGGAGUCGUAUCUCUGGAAGUCGAUCCGUGGCGCAGGUCUCGCGUACGGUGCCCACGUAACGAUCGACCAGGAGUCGGGCUUCGUUGGCUUCCGCGUGUACCGUUCGCCGAACGCGAUGACGGCGUUCAAGGAGGCCGGCAGGAUCAUGCGCACGAUCGCGGACGGGACAAUGGAGCUGGAUGAGAACGUCAUUGACGCGGCCAAGGCGAGCAUGGUCUUCGCGUACGCCCAGAAGUCAGAGACGGUUGGCGCGGCUGCCACGACCGCAUACGUUGACGAGGUGCUCAAGGGCAUUGGCAAGGACUGGAGCCAGCGCAUGCUCGCUGAGAUCCCUCAGGUCACGAGGGAGGACAUCCGCGCAGCGAUCGGAAAGUACUACGUCCCGCUCUUCGACCCUGCGACGUCCAUCGGUGCCGUGACCGUCAACGUCGGCAAGGCGGACGAGGUCGAGUCCGGCUUCAAGGAGCUCGGAUUCGAGACUGAACGUCACGAGCUACCGAAGCUCGGUGCUGACGACUCGGACAUGAAUGGAUCGGAGGGGAGCGAAUCUGGCAGCGAGUCCGGGAGUGAGGGCGAGCCGAUGGAGGACGUGCGCAGCCCUUAG